AUGAUGACAGAAGCACAUAUAAAUUCCAAUCAUGUCUUAAAUUCUGGUUUGAAUACCAAAUCAGAGAUAGACAAAAUGGACGAUGUGGGUUGGAAAGCCAAAUUAAAAAUUCCACCAAAGGACAAACGAAUUAAAACUAGUGAUGUUACUGAUACUCGUGGCAAUGAAUUUGAGGAGUUUUGCCUAAAACGAGAAUUAUUAAUGGGCAUCUUUGAAAAGGGCUGGGAAAAGCCCUCCCCAAUUCAAGAAGCCAGUAUCCCUAUUGCAUUAUCUGGUAAAGAUAUCUUGGCCCGUGCAAAGAAUGGAACUGGUAAAACUGGGGCCUAUUCAAUUCCAGUACUAGAACAGGUUGAUCCACGGAAAGAUGUGAUUCAGGCACUAGUACUUGUACCCACUAGAGAGUUAGCUCUUCAGACAUCACAAAUUUGCAUUGAACUGGCAAAACAUAUGGACAUAAAAGUAAUGGUAACUACUGGAGGAACAGACUUACGUGAUGACAUUAUGAGGAUUUACCAGACAGUGCAAGUAAUAAUAGCAACACCAGGAAGAAUUCUUGAUCUUAUGGAUAAGAACGUCGCAAAUAUGGAUCACUGUAAAACUCUAGUUUUGGAUGAAGCAGACAAACUUCUGUCACAAGAUUUUAAAGGAAUGUUGGAUCAUGUCAUUUCUAGAUUACCACACGAACGUCAGAUACUGCUGUAUUCAGCCACUUUUCCUCUGACAGUGAAGCAAUUCAUGGAAAAACAUUUAAGAGAUCCAUAUGAGAUCAAUUUAAUGGAAGAACUCACAUUAAAAGGUGUAACACAAUAUUAUGCCUUUGUACAAGAACGACAAAAAGUUCAUUGUCUUAACACACUGUUCUCCAAGUUGCAAAUAACACAAAGUAUAAUAUUCUGCAAUUCAACGCAACGUGUUGAAUUACUUGCAAAAAAGAUAACAGAUCUUGGAUAUUGCUGUUAUUAUAUACACGCGAAAAUGGCGCAGGCACACCGAAAUCGCGUGUUUCAUGAUUUUCGAGCAGGACUAUGCAGAAACUUGGUGAGCAGUGAUCUGUUUACUCGUGGUAUUGAUGUUCAAGCUGUGAACGUCGUAAUCAAUUUUGACUUUCCAAAAAUGGCAGAGACAUACCUUCAUCGUAUUGGUCGAUCAGGACGAUUCGGUCAUUUAGGUAUAGCAAUUAACCUAAUCACAUACGAAGACCGUUUUAACUUACAUCGUAUUGAACAAGAGCUUGGAACAGAGAUUAAACCUAUUCCAAAGGUAAUAGAUCCAAGUUUAUACGUUGCGAGACCAGAAGACAAUAAUAGCAUGGAAGAGGGUAACGUGUCUAAGUAG